CGUCGCUUGCAAUCCGUACAACGGUAGCAAGGUCUUUGUGAGUGUGUAAAAGAAACACUCUUACUCGUUGAAUGUUUCCACCCCGCACUUUACUAAGAUACGGGGAGCCUUACAGACUCAGUGUGUGACAAUCCAGUCGCCGAUAUCGGUCUCGAACCGACAAUACAAUCAUUUGAUAUUUAUAUAGUUGUAUAAACAGACACCCAGAAGCACUGACAGUUUUCAAAAGGGCACUUUUCUUCGAAUCAGACUUGGUUAAUACCAUUAGGUCCAUCUAGACAAGGCAGCUCUUUGCGGCAUACCCUUUCCGCCAUCCUCGUCUUCUGACACGAGUUCUAAACCUCAUCACAGUACAAAUCACAAUGACAUCCAAAAAAGAGCAAGCGGCCUACACGCAUGGCCACCACAGCUCGGUUGUGAACGAUCACGCCCGCCGCACGGCGAAUGACUCUGCGGCGUUCCUCAUCCCGCACAUCAAACCAAACCACAAGAUCCUGGACCUGGGCUGUGGGCCGGGCACCAUCACCGCAGACCUCGCGGCCCUCGUGCCCCAGGGGAGCGUCACAGGAGGUGACGCCGUCUCGUCCGUCCUCGAGCAAGCCUCCUCCUACGCCGCCUCGAGGGGUCUCGACAACGUGUCCUUCCAGACCGUCGACGGCAACGAUCUCCCCUUCCCCGACGACACGUUCGACGUCGUCUACUGCCACCAACUCCUCCAACACGUCAAGGACCCCGUGGGCAUCAUGCGUGAGAUGCGCCGCGUGGCCAAACCCGGCGGCGGCAUCGUCGCCGUCCGCGAGGCGGACUACGCCGGCUUCGUCUUCUACCCCGCCCCGCCCGAGAUCAGGCGCUGGGCCGAGCUGUACCAGCUCGUGGCGCGGGCAAACGGCGGCGAGCCCGACGCCGGACGUUACCUGCACGUGUGGGCGCGCCAGGCCGGCUUCACGCCGCCCGACCAGAUCACUCCGAGCUGGGACUCGUGGCGCUACGCCGGCCAGAGGGCCACGCAGUUCAGCCUCUCGUGGCACGGCCGCAUCUUGCAGCCGGGGUUCAUGGGCACCGCGGUGCGCGAGGGCUUCAGCACCGAGGACGAGAUCAGGUCCCUCUCCGAGGCCUGGAAGAAGUGGGGAGAGACCGAAGAUUGCAUGAUUGUGAUUCCGCAUGGCGAACUGUUGUAUCGAAAGCCGUAG